GAUGUGUGUGAACAGAAGUGAGUGUGUGUCGGUCCGAGGUCCAGCUCAGGGAGCGAUGUGCUCCGCGCGCGGCUGCUGUGGUCUGACGUGCUGACGUGUUCACAGCAGCAGCAGCGCGAGACUGACACAGCGGCACAAGCGGACAGAAUGUCAGAAGGAGACAGUGCCGGUGAAUCCAUCCAUGGGAAACCAUCAGCGAUCGGAAACUUCUUUAAACGGCUCGGGCAGAUUUAUCAGUCAUGGUUGGACAAGUCAACACCGUUCUCAGCAGUCCGAUGGGCGGUCACUCUUCUUCUAACGGCCAUAUAUAUGAUCAGAGUAUAUAUACUACAGGGGUGGUAUAUAGUCACAUAUGCUCUUGGGAUCUACCACCUAAACCUCUUCAUUGCUUUCCUCUCACCAAAAGUGGAUCCCUCGUUGCUUGAUGAUCCAGAUGAGGGUCCAGCACUUCCCACGAAACAGAACGAGGAGUUCCGGCCGUUCAUCAGGAGGUUGCCUGAAUUCAAAUUCUGGCAUUCAGCGACGAAAGGCAUCAUCGUCGCUAUGAUUUGCACGUUCUUCGAAGCCUUCAACGUGCCAGUGUUCUGGCCCAUCCUCGUAAUGUAUUUCAUCAUGCUGUUCUGCAUCACCAUGAAACGGCAGAUCAAGCACAUGAUCAAGUAUAGAUACCUGCCCUUCACACAUGGGAAGAGGACUUACAGAGGCAAGGAAGACACAGCGAAAACAUUUGCUAGUUAAAAUUCCCCUUCCUGAAAUCAAAGUUAUUGAUGAAGAAUGGUGCGUAAAGGGGGUUGAGGUUUUCUUUUUUCUUUUGCUUUCUUUCUUUUUCGGAGUAAGGAGAAGCCAAGCCUGUUGAAACUUUUGAGCGACAUGGAUACUGUAAUGCUGUCUUUAAGCGUUUGUGGUUUGGGCCUAUGAGAAAUGCUGUUGAGAGCUUUUACACGGGCAAAUUUGAAUAUAUUUGGACAACCAAGUAUGAGAUUUGACUCCUUAUUUUCUCUGUGGUCCCCAUUCUUCUUCAAACCAAGAGGAUUUGGUAGACCGUCUUCUCCAGGAUAGAUUUAAAAAAUGCUAGUUCAUGCUAACUUUUCAAUCAUUUACCCACCUUUGUGUCAUUUUCAAUCAAUAUGGCUUUUUUCAGUGGAAAACGAAAGAGGGUGAUAUUUAGCGGAAUGUACGCGCUGCUCUUUUCCAUAGCUUUAACGUUCUGGAAAAUAGCAGCAUCAAUAUAAUCUCAUUUUGUGUUUCACUAGUGGAAAUAUGUUAUUGGAAUUAAAUGGAGGUGAGAAGUGGACUACUACAUGAUUAUUUAUGAACAUGGGAUAUAAAUAUAAUAUAAAGUAGCGGGAAGAGAUGUCACUGAUCAUAGGGACUUGCCACAUGUUAAUAAUUGCCUUUAAUGAACAUUUGUAAUUCUCUUAAUGUGCUGUAGCAUUGUAUUUGACACCUUGACCACAUCCAUGCGUGCUGUUUGUAAGUUAUUCUUCAGUAGUUUAAACUCCCCUCACCUUGUACAUCAGGUUUUUAACACAAGCGUGCAUUCCAUUAAAAUAGUGUGAUUCAAAGAUA